UUAAUUUAUGAGGAAAUACGAAACUACCGUAUUUGUCAACUCAAACACCUACCGCUAUGUUAUAAGGGCACCUUUCUCAAACCAAACCAAAAAUCAGAGCCUCAAGCGGAUAAAGCCUUGAAUCCUUAACGCAUUGUUUGUUUCCUUCUUCCUUUUUUCGUCGUCUCAAAUCUGCUCCUGCUAUUGGCUUCGAAUCUGCCUUUUGAUUUUUUUUUUGUCGAGGGAAAAUCAGAGGGCGGAGGAACGAGUUUUGAAACUCUCUACAUUUUAUCGGCUUUCAAACGUGAAAUUGGAUCGCAAAUAAUUUGAGCUUUGGCUUAAUUUAAGCAGUUAUUAAAUUAUCUGUGAUAUAGGGCUGCUUUGACGGUGAUAAUGGAGGUCAAAGUGUUGCAAAAUUUACAAUAUCCUACAUGGGUUGAUUUGGACAAGUUUCAGAGAAAACCAACCGGUUUGGUGCGGUUUUCUCGUAGAAUUAGGGAAGAUAAGGGGGUUCAAGUGUUCAUAUCGGCUCAUAUGCAGCCUAAUAUAACUUCAAACCGGUAUAAAUCUGUUGCUCCGGAGGUUUCCUGUACUUUCAAAAGCUUUCCAGCUUCAGUAGUGGAAACUGGAGGUUUUCAUGCUCCUCUUGAUGAAGCUUUAAUUUUGAAGAAUAAGUCGCAAGAGAUUGAGCCAUAUUUAGAGGGUCGCUCUAUAUAUCUUGUUGGAAUGAUGGGCUGUGGAAAAACUACUGUGGGCAAGGUUCUGUCCGGAGUGCUUGGUUAUUCGUUUUUUGACUGUGAUACCUUGAUAGAGCAAGAUGUGAAUGGAACUACUGUGGCUGACAUAUUUAAACUCUAUGGAGAGGGUUUCUUCAGAGAUAAAGAGACUGAUGUACUCAGGAAGCUGUCUAUAAUGCAUCGACUUGUUGUUUCUACCGGUGGAGGUGCAGUUAUACGUCCCAUCAACUGGAAAUAUAUGCAUAAGGAUAUUAGUGUCUUUUUGGAUGUACCUCUAGAAGCCUUGGCAAAGAGAAUUGCAGCUGUAGGUACUAAUUCUCGCCCCCUUUUGCAUUAUGAAUCAGGCGAUGCAUACACAAAGGCUUUCAAGCGAUUAUCAACUCUUUGGGAAGAGAGGUCUGGAGCAUACGAGAAUGCCAAUGCUAGGGUUAGCUUGGAAAAUAUUGCAGCCAAACUCGGUCACAGAGAUGUAUCUGCUCUCACACCAGCUACCAUUGCAAUUGAGGCACUUGAACAAAUUGAGCAAUCCCUAAAGGAAGAGGGUGAGAUGCCAUUUUAGUUGUGACAGAGCUGCAAAGUCUGGUGCUUGGAUUUCUAUCCUCAUAGAAUGGGUGACGUUCCUAAUUUUAGUAGUGGAACGUUGUUCAUCUUAUGUUUAAUAAUGGGGUUGCAGCGCAUAGCAAAGCUAUAUCAAUUUAGAUGCAUAUCUGUAUAUAUUAAUUGAUAUAAUUUUACUAUGGCUAAUCCCAUGUAACAUUGAUGAUGAAUGAUCACAGUGUCUUGUAUGUCACCUGCGAGCCAUAAAAUUAAAAUUUUCCAGCUGCAAAAAAUAUUCUCAGAGCACCAAGAUUCCAGUUUCACGGAUGGAGCACAAGAUUUUUGUUCUGGGAAGUAAGCUAUAUUUUUAGUUUAACCAUAAAGUGUAUAAUUGAUGUUGUGAGAUAUGGAAUUUGCAUUACUUCACUGUCCUAAUCAAGCUUUAUAGUGAUUAUAAUAGAAAUCUCAAUUGAAAUGUA